AUGAAUACAGGAGGGCAUAGACCUAUUACCCGUUCUAUGACACGUGCCUCACGUUCUCAACCUAAUAAUAAUAUUCAACAAUUACCGACGGUGACUCGUUCUAGACGUGGACGAAAACCGACAAAUACUUCAGUAAGAUUCGAAAAUAUCCAACAGGUUGAACAUGCUGAACAAGUAAACGAGCAACCUGCGGAAGAAAAUAGAGUUGAGGACAUGAUUGCUGAACCUUAUAUAACCUCAACAGAAGAGCAGCCUGAACCUGAAACUAUUAAUGUAACAACUAGUCCGGAGCGUGUUCCUAGACAAUCAGUAGUCGUAGAAGAUAAUAUCACAGCAGAUCAAGCAUCGGAUAACAAUCAAAGAAGAAAUGACAGGAUAUUGCAAGAAAAUCCUGGGCGCUUAAAUCGAGUGUUAUUAAUACAAUUAGAAACUAAUGAAGUUCCUGCUAGAACUGAUACAGGGGCAGCUCCUAUAAGCAGUGGUAAAAAGAGAAAGGUUGAUGCUGAAAACGAUGAUCUGGAAGCCAAACGGGCUAGCUAUAGAAUUCGUAGACGAUAUAGAGCGUACACUACAGGAGCAGUUUGUCAAAAACGCCGGCCGAUUGAAGGAGGAGAUUGCGCUAUCUGUUAUGAAAAGUUUGAUGAAAAUGACGAUAAAAUCGUCUGGUGUCAAAAAGGAUGCGGCAACAACCUUCACAAAGCCUGCUACGAUCAAUGGAAGAGAACAAGAAAUGGAACUGGCAGACGACUUAAUUUCGAUGAAGAAGAAACAGAAGAAUUUAAUGGGAUGACCGCACGAGAAAGAAGAAGAUUUAACGCCCAGCCAGACGACAAUUCAAAAAUUGCAUAUUUCGAGCAUUCGUAG